UCUUAUAUGCAGAUAUUAUUGAUAUUGAUGACCCGGAUGACCAGUCGACGCGGGAAAGUGACGAGCAAACGACAGAUGCAAACUUAUAUUACAUCAGGCCAACAGGAGGCGAUAAUAAACUAGAAAUGAAAAUUUUACAGAUCAGUGCUAGAAGUUCAGACAUCAAAGAGUUGCAAUCUGAAGUAAAACGGAAAAUUGGGGAAGUGAAAAAAAGACCAAAAUCAGUAGUUAUUUUCCUAAAUCCAAUUGGAGGUUCGGGAAAUUCUGAGUCAAUUUUUAGAAGAGAAGUUGAACCCAUUCUUAAAAUUGCCAACAUUGUGUACGAACUUAUUGUUUCAGCGACACCAGAUCAUGCAAAAGAAUUGCCAGCUUCCUUUGACUUCAGCAAAUUUGACGUGUUAGUUAUUAUGGGAGGGGAUGGAACAUUGAAUGAUCUGGUAAAUGGUCUGUUACUAAAGAAACAAGCUGCAGAAAAUAUUGAUGUGAAUGAUCGUAGCGCUGCUUUAGAUCAACUUGAUAUCCCGAUAUCUUUUAUACCAGCAGGUACUGGUAAUGGAAUGGCUACAAUUACGUAUGGUUGUGUCGAUGUCGUUACGUCAACUCUACAUUUAGUUAAAGCUUCAGUUGGAAUUCGAUAGGAUCCAGAAUCCACAAAGAAGAAAUGAUUCCAAAUUUCUGCUGGUGGUAAACAAGAUUUCCCAGUAUUUGGUAAUUUUUGUG